AGGUCGCGACUUUGCGCAUGUUUUAUAAAAGCUUUUGAAAAUCCGCAAUCUAAAUUAGUCCCGUCGAUUAAUGUUGAAUAGCGUGUUGCGGCAGAGUUCGCGCUACAUUAACAAAAUGGUGCCUCAAGUAGUCUUCGUGUUGGGAGCUCCUGGCUCUGGCAAAGGUACACAGUGCUCAAUGAUUUCCAAAGAAUAUGAUUACGUCCAUUUGAGUGCAGGCGAUUUACUCCGAGAAGAACGCCAGAGACCUGGUUCAGAAUACGGAGAAAUGAUUGAAGAAAAGAUUCGUAACGGUGAGAUAGUUCCGGUGGAGGUUACUUGCUCCUUAUUACACAAGGCCAUGCAGAAAUCCGGUAAAGAACGUUUCCUCAUAGAUGGCUUUCCGCGUAAUCAAGAUAAUAUGGAUGGCUGGGAGCGCGUCAUGUCCGACAAAACCAAGCUACUUUUCGUUUUGUUCUUCGAAUGUUCGCGUGAGAUAUGUACCGAGAGAUGCUUGAGACGCGGCGCUGCAGGCAGUGGACGAAGCGACGACAACGUAGAGAGCUUAAAGAAAAGAUUCAACACAUAUCUGAAUGAUACAAUGCCGAUCAUCAACUAUUACGAUAAAUUAGGUCUUGUCCGCAGGAUCAAUGCUGAAGAAGAACCUGAUCAGGUGUUUGACAAAGUUAAAGUAGCAUUUGACGAGAUUAAAUUGAAAUGAAUCAAAUUGUAACUAUAAUCUGUAUAUUAGAUCAAUUGCCCUGCAAAGGGCUUGUAUUAAUUUAGUUAUUUAUGUAUUUAUUUGAAAUUAAUCAUUAAGCUAUAGUAUUUAGCAAAUGUUAUGAAAAUGAAAAUCAUAUCAAAAUAUAAACAUCUAUGUUACCAAGCUGAUCAAAGCUAAUUGCAUUAAAUAAAGGCCAUCCACAAAUUAGAUUAUUUGUAUUGAUAUAUGACAAUGACCAUAUUACAAAAUUAGAACUAUUAAGAAAUCAUUUGUAGAAUGUUGUUCUUUUAAAAAUAUGUAAUAAUAAUCAGACUAAUAAUUUUUAUAGUUUGUGGUAAAGAGCAAGGUCCUUGUGGUUAACCUUGCUUAAUUUAUUUACAUUUACAUAUGUUUAAUUUGACACCGACCACAUCUGUGACAACAGAAAAAAUAGCACUGAACAUGUAAUUAGCAUGCAGUUUUUUAAUUAUAGUUUUGUGAUUAUAUUCAUUAUAUGAGCAUUUUAUCUAGGUGACUCCGCAUUACAAUUUUAUAUAAAAAUCUUAGUGCAAUUGUGUAGUCAUUUUUUUUUCUGCCUAUGGUGGUAGCCAAGGGUUCUAUGCCAGUGUCACCGAAGGAGUAGGUGAGCUCAUGGGGGUCUAACCUGAGGAUGUUGCUAACACUAGCGCUAGUAAGAGCAGUGCUUCGCAGAAACUACCAAUGGAUUAGAAACGCGACCCACUGAGAAGAUAUGGCGAGAAACUCAGUGGGCUGUCUGUGGGUUAAUUAAUUCGCUGAACCUCGAAGGCGACGAAUCGUAAGUGACGGGUUCGAUGAGAAGUUGACUGGUACUUGAGGUACCUUAAAGCACCAUUAGUGGUUCAGGAGGAUUCGAAAUGACGUGUAUACAGUCACCAAAGAUAUACUGAAACAUCUAUGGUUCUUUGAUCAAAAAUUUUUUAAACUCGUACUCUUAAACUCUUAAAAUUUAAA